UUGAGUAAAUUAAAAAAAAAAACGUAUUUUAGCCAGUCAUCUACUAAUUAAUAAUUAUGAUUAUAUCCGGUGAUCAAAAUAUUGAAGUUCCAAACCAUGUACACUUUGGGAAAUACAUGUUAUCAAAUCUACGAAGAGCAAACGCCAACGAUAUAUGCCUGGAAAAUGGUUUAACUCGAGAGACACUGACAUAUAAAGAAGCCACACACUAUGCCGUUAGUCUGUCUGUGGGCCUCACCGAGUUGGGGGUUAAAUUAGGGGAUGUUGUUGCGAUUGGAUCCGAAUAUUUCUUGCAUUAUGUACCUACAGUCCUAGCUGUCACAUUUACUGGAGCAUCAUACACUGCCUACGAACUGAAUAUCGGAAGAGCUGUGCUGAAACACAAAGUGCAGUUAGUUAAACCGAAAUAUUUUAUUUGCUCUGUUCGAUUCUGGCAAAAGUUUAAAGAUUUUCUGAAGAGCUUUGACUGUAUAGAAACGUAUAUAGCUGUAUCCGAUAUCCCAGAACUGCCGUAUUCAUUGAAUUGUUUACUUAAAACGGACGCAGAUAUCGAAAGUUUUGAACCAAAGGAAGUCCAGGGUGAUAUAGACACAGUUCUAAUUUCGUACUCCUCGGGUACCACGGGAAUGCCAAAAGGAGUAGAAAUAACCCACAAGAGCUGUAUAAUUACCUGUUUGCCCGAUGCUUUCAGGGAAAAAUCAUCACUUCAAACAGCAUUUAUGUUGGUGCCUAGCGGUAAUAUUGCUACAUUCAUGACCUACAAAUUUCUGGCCAUUGGAAGAAAAGUUAUUUUUACAACUGAUUUUACGCAAGAGAAACUUCAAUCAAUUUUGAAAAACAAUAAGAUAGACGUUAUAUUUAGUAUACCAAUAAGUAUUCGCCAAUUAGCAUUGUCUGUGACCCCGGAAAAUGAUUAUUUUGAAUCUGUGGAAAUGAUCUACAGUCGGUCAUCACCCCUACGCGAACACACGAUCAAACAUUUACAAGAAAGGCUACCAAAUGUAAAAUUUAUUAUUCAAGCCAUGGGAACAACGGAGUGUGGAGAGCCGAUGUCGGAAAUUUGGGCUCCAAAGCCAAAACCAGGCAGCGUAGGUGUUGUAAGCCCCGGAACGCAAGUUAAAAUUGUAGAUAUAAACACGAGAGCAAUUUUGGGUCCCAAUCAACAAGGCGAGAUUUGUGUGAAAGGUCCCAUGAAUUUGAAAAGCUAUAUUGGAAUUGACCAUUUUGAUUACUUAGACGAAGAUGGUUACUACAAGACUGGCGACUUGGGAUACUUUGAUGAGGAUCACUACUUUUACAUCGUCGACAGACUCACUCAUAUAAUCAAUGUGGAUGGGUAUAAUGUUUCGCCUGUGGAAGUUGAAAAUGUUCUACUACAACAUCCCGAAGUCCAAGAUGCUGGGGUAGUAGGAAAACCGGGCCCAACAAACGUGUCCACUGAAUAUCCUAUGGCAUUCGUUGUCAAAAAACCAGGAAGUCAUAUCACAGAACAACAAUUGAUUGACUUCGUUGCAUCUGAGGUCUCGCCGUAUAUGCAACUGAAAGGAGGACUCCGAUUCAUAGAAGAGAUACCUAGAAACGAACGGGGGAAAAUUUUACGAAGACAACUCAAAGAAAUGUAACAUUAUCUGAUUUGUAACUGAUUAUACCUGACAUUGUUUAGUUUUUUUUAAUACUAAAAUAAUCCUGAUUUCUUAUAAAAAAUAUUUAUAGAUACCUUAUUCCAUGAAAAUUGACAUAUUUAUGUUUUAUUUUUCUUGUGAAAGGUAAAA